GAAGUCACCAAAAAGGCCAAGUACAAAUAAACAAAUAGGAGUUGAUCAAAAUCUAUAAGUGUAAUUCUCUUCAUUAUUUAAAGCACCCUAAAUAGUCGAUAUCAAUGCCACAAAUUUCAGAGAAUUUUACUAUAUAAAGCAGAGGAUUGAAAGUGUGUUGAAAAGACAUUUGCUUCUCGUAACCUGCCCACACGUUGCAGAAAUCAAUGUAACCGAUGAUGAUUCAAGAUAUCUGAAUAAUGAAUUAAGUUGUCCUUGACGGUACAGUAUAUAUCACAAAUAUCAUCCCUUUUCUUUACAGCAUUCCACUCUGAGUAACUUAAAUGUUUCCUGUGGCAAUUGAAGAUAUAGAUCUUUUCUUGUGUUGUUUCUUUAGUUCUCAGACACUCAGUAAAAAUGCAGUGUCAGGCCUGGAUUUUGGUUGCAGUCGUCUUGUAUUUUCACAGCCCAUAUGUAGCCGGACGCUGCUUGGAUCUAUCAAAUUGCAUGGGCCUUAAAUCUAAUGAGCAAAUAUGGCAGUGUAUUAGGCAAUGCAGAUCUAAGCAGGACGUCUCUAAUUAUGGGACAGUAUCUUCAUCUGAACAGAAAAACAAUGAGGAAGAGAGCCUGAGUUUGGGUCUGCUCUUAUCUGCUCUGGCUCCUGGUUCAACUGAGACCCAAAAUCCCACUGGAGAACCUCCCCACAGUGAGGAGAGGAGAUCUUACUCCAUGGAGCACUUCCGCUGGGGAAAACCAAUGGGUCGCAAACGCAGACCCAUCAAAGUCUUCAUCAACAACGCCCUGGAGGAGGAGCCAGAGGAGUCCACGGAAACCUUCCGCGUGCAGCGAGAGCAGGGUGCUGUCCUGGACGUUCAACAGAGGAACAAUGUGAAGACUAACGGAAAGUAUCGCAUGACCCAUUUCCGCUGGAACACUCCACCUGUGAAACGCUACGGCGCGUUCAUGAGGCCUUAUUCAGAGCACUCCCAGAAGCCCCUGCUCACGCUGAUGCGUCAUCGUUAA